AAAAAAAAGGGGGGUAUACCUGAAAAAAACUACUCCAUUCAAGAACUCGGGCAAAGGGAAUUUUCAUUUUCUGGAGAUAGAUAAACGUUGCCACAGGCAAAGGGGAAUUUUCAUUUUCUGGGUUUCAGUCUCAUAACUUGUGAGAUUCAUCUAUUACAGGAUUUUUUUUCUUUCUGAAUUGGAGUUGUUUUGGGUAUCGAUGGGAACCCUUACAAGUUCUGCUUUCACUCCAUUGGAUUUCAGAUUUCGUUUACUUUCUAUAAAUGGCGUUUUUGGAGAAAGAGUUUCAUUAUUGGGGCCGAAAAAUUGUAGAAAUGUAUGUUAUCUGUAUAAAGAAAGGUCAAAUAGGGAUAUAUCAAGAAGAAGAAGUAGAACUGAUAUGUGGAAAUGUUUUAGUAAUAGUGAUAAUAAUGAAAUUGAUGAAGAUGAUAAUGUUUUAUCCAAAGGUUCAAAUUUGUCUACGAUUACAGAAACCAUAUCAGAAGAAUCAGAAGAGAGAAAUGAGCUCAAGCAAGAGCAGACUCCUCCAUCAAUUUCUUCAAGGCCUCCAAGCAUUACACCAGUUGGGCCAGCGUACAACAAUUUUCAAGUUGAUUCUUUUAAACUGAUGGAACUCCUUGGACCAGAGAAGGUUGACCCUUCUGAUGUAAAUUUAAUUAAGAAGACGCUUUUUGGAUACUCGACGUUUUGGGUAACGAAAGAAGAACCUUUUGGAGACCUAGGUGAGGGAAUACUUUUCCUUGGAAAUUUAAGGGGGAACAGGGAGGAGGUGUUUGCAAAACUCCAGCAUCAGCUGACAGAAGUCACAGGUGACAAGUACAACCUGUUUAUGGUGGAAGAACCCAAUGCAGAGGAUAUGGAUCCACGAGGUGGGCCUCGAGUGAGCUUUGGUUUGCUGCGGAAAGAAGUUUCAGAACCAGGUCCAACUUCACUUUGGCAGUAUGUGAUUGCAUUUCUACUGUUUGUUCUUACCAGCGGUUCAUGCCUUGAAUUGGGUAUUGCAUCUCAGAUAAAUAGGCUUCCUCCAGAAAUAGUGAAAUAUUUCACGGACAAUGCAGCUGAACCACCUGAUAUGCAGUUGUUAGUGCCGUUUGUGGAUGCUGCUCUUCCAGUGGCGUAUGGAGUCUUGGGGGUUCAACUAUUUCAUGAGCUUGGCCAUUUCUUGGCUGCUUUGCCUAAGAAAGUGAAACUUGGAAUUCCUUUCUUCGUUCCUAAUAUUACUCUUGGUAGCUUUGGUGCAAUCACCCAGUUCAAGUCUAUUCUUCCUGAUCGGGGAACAAAGGUUGAUGUAUCAGUCGCUGGACCAUUUGCUGGUGCUGCACUUUCAGCUUCACUGUUCUGUUUAGGGUUGUUACUGUCAACCAAGCCAGAUGCUGCUGGAGAUUUGGUGCAGGUUCCUAGUAUGCUGUUCCAAGGUUCUUUGCUUCUAGGGCUCAUUAGUAGAGCUACUCUUGGUUAUACUUCCAUGCAUGCUGCUACUGUUUCGAUCCAUCCUCUUGUGAUAGCAGGCUGGUGCGGCUUAACCACGUCAGCUCUGAAUAUGCUUCCUGUGGGUUGCCUGGACGGUGGAAGAGCUAUACAGGGGGCUUUUGGAAAAAAUGCUUUGCUUGGAUUCGGUUUGACAACUUACACGUUACUCGGAUUGGGAGUGCUCGGUGGACCUCUGUCACUUCCUUGGGGACUGUAUGUGCUGAUCUGUCAGCGGACACCGGAGAAACCAUGUUUAAAUGACGUGUCAGAGGUAGGAACAUGGAGGAGAACGGCUCUAACAGUAGCAGUAUUCCUAGUCAUUCUGACUCUUCUUCCUUUAUGGGAUGAGCUUGCCGAGGAACUAGGCAUUGGGCUUGUAUCCACAUUUUGAUGGACAUAGAAUAGAUAUUAGCUCAUCCAGUUUUACCUUAUACAUGUGAGAUCCUUGCUAUCAAUUUUGGAAUCUUCUGAAAGCAAAGAUUUCAGGGGAUAGUUUGGUAUUCUUGUAAAAUUUAAUAAAAGAUUCUGUAUGAUGAGUACAAAUCAAGAAUGUUACGAUAUGCCCAUGUAAUUUGCGAAAAUAACAGGUGUUCCUUGUAUUCUUCUUCAUUUUCCUGAUAGAAAUAUAUGAAUAUAUAAAUAUGUUAAGAGUUC